CAUGAACAGUACAUGCAACAUGACAAAAACCGUGGAUCGAUUCAACAGCAGCGGUCUCGAAUUCACUUAUCCGAUGAACUCGCAGCAUGCGCCAGGAAGGAGUAGAGCACAACUUCAGCCGUACAAUAGUGCGCAAACCAACAACACUGGAGCUUAUCAUGUUACACCAUGCUUUCGCUACCGCCAAACACAAGCUCCCGAGCAAGUACCGUUGGACUGGAACAUUCCUCUCCUUCCAGAGAUCUGCAAUGGCUUCCCAACAGUUUCUCAGUCUUUAGUACAAGACUUGAAUUCAGCGUUACCACCCUUUGGUGCAAGGGUCUACCCAAACAGAGGCCGGACGUCCUGCGGAGAAGAUGCUCUCCAGUGUUUCACUACCUUUACAGAAGAGAGACCAAAAGGUCGGGGAAGGGAAUCUUGGUCGUCCGCCACGGUGCGCUCCCGAGCUAGAACAGCGUACACAACAAGACAGCAAGUCGAGUUGGAAAAAGAGUUUCUAUUUAGCCGAUACAUAACCCGUGCGCGAAGAAUAGAGCUGGCCAAGUCUUUAAGUCUCUCGGAAAAACACAUCAAGAUAUGGUUCCAAAACCGAAGAAUGAAAAUGAAAAAGAACGAGACCACGUUUGAAAGCACAAAGACAAGCCCCAAUGAAAUCCGAAGAUUGUACAGCAUGGUGGAUGAUUGACUUAGUAACAUGUCCACGCACAUCUUUUUUAAUGGUUGGAAAUUUUUGAUGUUGAUGUUGCAUUUGCCUAUAUAUACACUGUACAUUUUGAUGUUGUAUACUGAAAAGUUUGCAGUCAUUUUUGUAGGACAAAACAAAUUCGCCAACACAUGUAAAUAUUUCACCAGACAACAAUAUUACGAAACUUACUAAAUUUCCCUCAAAAUUUCACCACGCGUGUCUACAAUCGAUAGGUACAGGAUACUCCUGCUUAAAUUUGUUUCUGCCUUGAAUUUUGUACAAUUAACCUCUGAAGUGUUGUCGAUAUUUUGCGUCCAACUUGUUAAGAAACAAUCAACUUAACACGUCAGCCGGAUUUCCUUUCCGGCAGAGAGAGAGAUGUUGUUUAUACCACGAAGCGGGCCACAGCUACGCUUAAUAGCUGAGAGAUUCAUUCAAACGCACAGUGGGAUAUACUUACAAGAAUACUAAGUCAUUAGUUCUUCAUGAUCAGUUGCUAUACGUCUGAUUUGUAUCACAUAAGAAAUUUUGACUUUCCCUUAUUAAAUUAAGUGUUCAGUA